AUGUGUGGUAUUUUUGCGUGCUACAGGCACCCCGAUGUGCAGCAAUUCAAGCCCACGGCCCUGAAGAUGGGCAAGGCCAUAAGGCACAGAGGGCCUGAUUGGAGCGGCAACUGGAUUGCGAACGAUACGAUUCUCGUCCACGAGCGCCUGAGUAUCGUCGGUGUUGACACGGGCGCGCAGCCACUGGUCAACGAUGAGAAGACAGUCUCCCUCGCUGUCAACGGCGAAAUAUACAACCACCGUAUCCUCCGCAAAGGCCUCAAGAACCCGUACAACUUCAAGACACACUCUGACUGCGAGGUCAUCAUUCCGUUGUACCUAGAACAUGGUGUCGAUGCUCCCAAGAAGCUUGAUGGCAUGUUCUCCUGGAUCCUGCACGACAAGGUCCAGGACCGAGUCAUCGCUGCGCGAGACCCCAUCGGUGUCACCACCUUCUACAUGGGCCGUUCAAGUCAGACGCCCGGCGCCGUCUUCUUCGCUUCUGAAUUGAAGUGCUUGCACCCCGUCUGCCAUGUCUACGAUUCGAACACGGACAAGCUCACACGUUACUACAACCCGAAGUGGCUCGUCGAGCCCGACAACAUCCCCACAAAGCCCGUAGAUUACAAGGAGCUGCGAGCAGCACUAGAAACCUCGGUGCGCAAGCGGUUGAUGGCCGAGGUGCCAUACGGUGUGCUCCUGUCUGGUGGUCUGGACUCCAGUCUCGUGGCCUCGAUUGCCCAGCGCGAAACCCAGCGCCUCAACGAGGCCGCACGGAAACGUGCCGCGGAACAGAAAGAAAAGAACGGCAAGCUCAACGGGUACGCCAUCGACGGCCAUGCUCCCGGUGGCCUGGUCGGCAUCGACGAUACCAACGAGCUCGCAACCGUGCAGAUGCUCCCCGAACUCAACUCCUUCUCCAUUGGUCUUCCUGGGUCUCCUGACGGCGUUGCUGCGCAAGAAGUAGCAGACUUCCUCGGCACGCGACACCACACCUUCACCUUCACGCUCGAAGAAGGUCUCGACGCCCUCUCAGACGUCAUCUUCCACCUUGAGACGUUUGAUAUCAAAGCCAUGGGCGUCAAGAUGGUGCUUUCCGGCGAGGGCUCAGACGAGAUCUUCGGCGGAUAUUUGUACUUCCACAACGCGCCCGACAAGGCCGCUCUCCAUGGCGAAACCAUCCGCCGCAUUGAGAACCUGCAUCUCGCUGAUUGCUUGAGGGCUAACAAGAGCACGUCUGCGUGGGGUGUGGAAGCCCGCGUUCCGUUCCUCGACAAGCAGUUCCUCAACGUCGCCAUGUCCAUCGACCCCGAGGAGAAGAUGAUCAAGAAACCUGAGCGCAUAGAGAAGUACAUUCUCCGCAAGGCGUUUGACACCACCGACGAGCCUGAGACACCCGCCUACCUGCCCGAUAAGAUCCUUUGGAGACAAAAGGAGCAGUUCUCCGACGGUGUAGGCUACGGCUGGAUCGAUGCGCUGAAGGACGAGGCGGAGAAGAAGGUUACUGAUGAGAUGAUGAAGAAUCCCAAGCCCGAGUGGGGAAGCGAUGUGCCGGAUAGCAAAGAGGCGUACUGGUACAGGACCAUGUUCGAUGAGCAUUUCCCGAGUUAUUGCGCGAGUACCGUUAUGCGGUGGACGCCGACGUGGAGUACACAAACGGAUCCUAGUGGACGUGCUAUCGCCGUGCACGAGCAAAAGUAUGACACCGCGCAGUAA